CCAUCGAAGCGUGGCAUCUCAUUCUCAUCCCACUCAGCCGAGCCCUCUUCUUCUUGUUGCCCUCGUUCUGAUCUUCGCUUCCCUGUUCUUCUCGCCUGCGCUUGCGUCCAUGGUUGGAGAUGUGAUAGUAUCGGAUGGGGCGCAGAACAGUGCCGAGAUCGAGGAGCUCGCUCGCUUCGCUGUCGAGGAGCACAACAAAAAAGAGAAUAGACUUCUGGAAUUUACUCGAGUAGUGAAGGCAAAAGAGCAAGUUGUGGCAGGAACACUUCAUCACUUGACCUUGGAGGCAAUCGAUGCAGGGAAGAAGAAGCUGUAUGAAGCUAAGAUAUGGGUCAAGCCAUGGCUCCACUUUAAAGAGCUUCAAGAGUUUGAGCAUGUGGGAGACUCUCCCUCUCUUACCACUGCUGACCUCGGUGCUAAACGAGAUGAGCUUGGUCCUGGUUGGCGCACUGUUCCUGUAAAUGAUCCUCUGGUUAGAGAUGCAACAGACCAUGCUUUGAAGACCAUCCAACAAAUGUCCAAUUCCCUGUUUCCUUACGAGCUACUGGAGGUCCUCCAUGCAAAGGCAGAGGUGAUUGAAGAAACUGCAAAGCUUGACAUGCUCCUUAAAGUUAAGAAUGGAAGCAAGGAGGUGAAAUUUAAGGUCGAGGUCCACAGGAAUCUGGAAGGUAACUUUCUUUUGAAUCAGAUGCAACAGGAGAAUUAGGAGUUCAAAAAUGAAUAACCAAAGUACUCGCUACAAAUAAAUAGUCGUGUAACGACUUUGGGUGAUAUUUGGAAAACCUGUUUUACCUCAACUUGCUUGUAGUGUUUGUGAAUGCCUUAUGCACUUUGGUAUUAUUAAAAGGUAAUAGCAGAUGGAGAAUAUA